AUGGAGUUCAGGGUUGGGGAAUAUAUGUUCUUGAAGGUGUCUCCUAUGCGUGGUGUGAUGCAAUUUGGCAAGAAGGGCAAAUUGGCCCCUCGAUAUGUGGGACCCUUUGAGAUUAUUGACAGAAUUGGAGAGGUGGCAUACAACCUAGACUUACCACCAAAUUUCUCGCACGUGCAUCCGGUAUUCUAUAUAUCAAUGUUAAGGAAGUGCAUUUCAGACCCUUCGCAUGUGUUGCAGCCUCAGUAUGUGGAAGUAAGCAAAGAUCUAACUUACGAGGAGCAGCCAAUCAUGAUCGUGGAUACUCAAGUUUGCCAACUGCACUCUAAAGUUAUUUCGAUGGUUAAAGUGUUGUGGCGGAAUCAUUCAUCUAAAGAGUGUAUUUGGGAGACUGAGCUGGAAAUGAGGAGUCUUUACCUUCAUCUAUUUCAAUCCUAA